ACAGACAUGCUGAGAUUCGUACUGCUGACCGCCCUCGCCAGCCUCGUGCUGGCUGAGAUGCCCAGACCUGAGCCCAGGUACCUGGAGGAGAUUGCUGAAGAGAGAGUUGUGGGGGGUGAGGUGGCCAGACCCAACGCCUGGCCCUGGCAGAUCUCCCUUCAGUACAAAUCUGGAAGCAGCUACUACCACACCUGUGGAGGCACCCUGGUGAAGAGGGGAUGGGUGAUGACCGCUGCCCACUGUGUGGACAGCCCCAGGACCUGGCGUGUUGUUCUUGGAGAGCACGAUCUGUACAGCAACACUGGCAGGGAACAGAUCAUUGCUGUCAACCGCGCCCAUAUCCACCCUGGAUGGAACUCCAACAGUGUUGCUGCCGGAUAUGACAUUGCCCUGCUGCAGCUGGCCUCUGAGGCCACUCUGAACGCCCACGUGCAGCUGGGAUCCCUGCCCUCCUCUGGACAGGUUCUGCCUCACAACAACCCCUGCUACAUCACCGGGUGGGGACGCGUCGCCACUGGUGGCAGCCUGGCCCCUCAGCUGAAGCAGGCCUACCUGCCUGUGGUCGGCCAUGAUACCUGCAGCACCAGUAGCUGGUGGGGCAGCACUGUCAAGAACACCAUGGUGUGCGCUGGAGGCGGCAGCGACUCUGGAUGCAAUGGAGACUCUGGCGGCCCCCUGAACUGCCAGGUUGGGGGCAGGUACGUGGUCCACGGUGUGACCAGCUUUGUGUCCUCACGUGGAUGCAACACCAUCAGGAAGCCUACUGUCUUCACCCGUGUGUCUGCUUAUUUGGGCUGGAUGGAGGGAAUCAUGGGAUAAAUCAGAGCAUGAAUCCCGGACCAGCUCAACAUCAAUCUGGUUCUUCAUCCCAAGUUUACAGUUCAUUUUGUAAAGAACUGAAAAAAAAUAAAAACCAAGAAAGCUAA